AGGCGCUGUUCCUGCCUCCCUCUCCCUGGAUCUACGCGGCGUCCAUGGUAGCGGACUGGCUGGACCCCGAACCCGCAUAUAUCCCCCCUCACACGCGCACCGCUUACACACCGGACCCGCGCGUGUGCGUGUGUCGUUUCUGCACGCGCCUGCCGACGGAAUAAGUGACAGAGGAAUGUGGACAUUACAGGAUGCCCGACAGCGCCGGACAGAGAUUUAAACCCACCAAGUACAUCCCGGUGUCCACGGCUGCCACGCUCCUGGUGGGAUCCACCACUUUGUUUUUCGUCUUCACGUGCCCCUGGUUGACCAGAGUCGUCUCCCCUGCCGUGCCUCUCUACAAUGGCCUGGUCUUCCUCUUCGUCUUGGCCAACUUCAGCAUGGCCACCUUCAUGGACCCCGGCGUGUACCCCAGAGCGAACGAGGAUGAAGACAAGGACGACGACUUCAGGGCGCCGCUCUACAAGAACGUGGAGAUCAAGGGCAUCCAGGUCCGGAUGAAGUGGUGCGCCACCUGUCACUUCUACAGGCCGCCGCGCUGCUCGCACUGCAGCGUCUGUGACAACUGCGUGGAGGACUUCGACCACCACUGCCCGUGGGUCAACAACUGUAUCGGGCGGAGAAACUACCGCUACUUCUUCCUCUUCCUGCUGUCCCUCAGCGUCCACAUGGUGGGAGUCUUCACCUUCGGCCUGAUCUUCGUCCUCCACCACAGAGACCGGCUGGCGAUGAUACACACCACCGUCACGCUGGUGGUGAUGUGCAUAUCUGGGCUCUUCUUCAUUCCAGUCAUGGGUCUCACUGGCUUCCAUAUGGUGCUGGUGGCUCGAGGUCGGACGACCAAUGAACAGGUGACGGGCAAGUUUCGUGGAGGAGUAAAUCCCUUCACCAGGGGUUGCUAUGGCAACGUGGAGUAUGUCUUAUGCAGUCCCCUGGCACCAAGAUACGCUCUGGAUCCAAAGAAAAAGCCUCACGUCAAAAUCCAGCCUCCGUUUAUCAGGCCCGAUCUAUCGGACCGGCAAAUCACCAUCAAGGUCAGCGACAAUGGGAUUCACGGCACCGUCAUCAGCUCCAAGUCCAAGAGCAGCCUGGACGACCUGGAGGAGAAGGAAACUCAGCCUCCUCUCCCACCUAAGGCCGACAGAUACAACCUUCAGAAAGGCCACCUGAUCACCGGCGAUGAUUCGUCUCUGUCCAGUAAAGUCCACCCCUCCACUCCGGCCAUGUACAAGUUCCGGCCGUCGUUCGGCACCAUGCCCAAAGUUCACUAUCACGCCGCUGGAGACAAGAUCAUCUUGCCGGACGAGCAGAGGAGCUCCGCCAUCCUGGAGGAGGGCGUCCGCGCUCACGACUACCGGUCCGAGCCGAACCUGGACAUGCCGGAGUACACCAACGCCCCGCUGCACCGGACCUUUAAGUCCUCUCCCUUCCAGCUGGACGCCGACCCCAUCAACCCGCGCUCGCUCAGCCUGAAGCCGCGGCCGGAGAAGGGGCAGCUGGUGGGGCUGCAGCCGCAGGCCGUCACCUCCACGCCCUACAAGAGCGUCUUCUCGCCCAGUACGCUCUCCAACCGCAACGGGAGCCUGUCCUACGACAGCCUGCUGGCUCCGAGCGCCACCCCGUCCUCUGCCGGCGAGUGCAUGGCCCACCGCGCCGCUCCCUCCAUGGGCUUCCACUCGCCCUACCUGCCCACCAAAACGUGCCACGUGCGGGAGCCUGAGAUACAGCGGCACCAGGUUCCAGUCGCCUACAGUCCAGCGAUGCAGCCCAGAGCGGUCGGCCGACAGUCCCCUCACCAGCGGGACCCCUCCCCGGUCCGCUACGACAACCUCUCCCAGACCAUCAUGGCCUCCAUCCAGGAGCGGAAAGAGAUGGAGGAGCGUGAGAAGCGGCAGCUUCUGCACGGACGGUCCCAGACCCACGUUUAUGCCCAGGACUCUGGUGUGUUUGAUGGUGGGUACGGACUUCCGCACAACGCCUGCUACCAAGACGGGCCUCACUGCCCCGGCUCCAGGGGCCCCACCCCUCCGGCGUACGGAGGCUCCAGAGACAACCUGAUGGGAGUGGGGGUGGUCAGCUAUGGUCAGAGGACGCCGGUGUUGCGUCACUCUGGCUCCACUCUGGGCCGUGCCCCGAGGACUUCAUCCACCUCGCUGCACACGGACCACAACAGCAGCAACAACAGUCAGGGAAGGAUCAUUGGGCUGGAGGGGCCGUACCGCUCGCCGCCGCAUCAGCCCCGCUCCCCGUCCUGCUCCCACCAGAAACUCUCCUACAUCAGUGCCCAUGAGAUGACAGACUCCCCUCGCCUGGGGGGGCCAAGAGAGGCCAUGAAAGUGAACGGCCAGAUGGACUGCCACCCGAGCCCGGCUCGCCAAAGCAACAUCAAAAAAGUCACGGGCGUGGGAGGCACCACCUAUGAGAUCUCAGUCUGAGCCCAUCUCCGCCUCCACUUGAGACACUUGGCUGGUCCGCCGUGGUCUUAAGACCCCGAUUGUUUGAACGCCAGAGUAACGAAGGACUGCGUCCUAGACGGAGCUACUGCAAGACGCGUGUUGUGGUAAUGUUUCUGCGCGUCGGCAGGGGGCGCCUUAUAAAUCACUGACUACAGAUCGUACAGUCAUCUGGUGCUUCACGUCAGCUGCGCCCAAACACCAGGACAGAUUGGCGACGUCGCGGAACUAGAGACGAACAUUUAAGUGGAAGCAACAAAGUGUUUCCACCUACAGGCGCUGAAGAGUCAUUCCACUGUGAAGUGAUGACACCGGUGCGACUUCUGUUCGAUGGUCAUACCUCACCCCUACAGCUCGAACGCAGGCGGCCAAGCCCAAGUACAACGAUCCUCAGUGUGACGACGGGAAACACGGAACGCAAACCCCCUCGUGGUGCCAGUGUUUUCAGAGCUCAGUAGGUGGCGCCACCUACUGAGCUCUGAAAACAUCCGCACGUCACUUGUGCGAGGUACUGUUUCUGUUUUAAAGGAGAUUACCUUUGAUUCCAUUUUUUUUUUUUGCAAGUUGGUAGGUCAGAUUUAUAGGGAAGUGAAGGUUGCGAAGUGGGAGCCGGGGGUUGCGCCUCACUACAGAGCAUAAUAAUAUUCCUGGUGUCGUGGUCACUCACGUUACUCGUCUAGGGCCUCUGGUUUUAAAUGAGCAAGAGGGAAAGUUUCAGUGGCACUGGCUCGUGCUUGUGGUGUGGGAGGAGCAAGAGUGGAUGUAGGUUGCUACAGGGAAAAUGCUGAGGUAGACGCACUCAGGUUUGAUUCUCUCACCCGGCAGCAAAAUCAUAAAUAUACCAAGGGAAAUGGUUUCCAUUGGCCUGCUGGGAGACAGGGGCCCGGCAGUUGUUUAUCAAGUUACGCUGUCAACACGAGUGCUAGCAAAGUCAGGCGUCACUCAAGCCCUCCAAAUGGACAGUCCAAGCAACAUUGCUGGCCUUGAACAAGAUCAAGCACAGGCCCUGUCAACCUGACAGAAGGGGAGUCCUGUACAGUUGAAGAAAGCAAGUGGGAGGAGCUUAGAAAGUUCAACUGUCUUCUCAAGAUGCCGUCUACAGUCAGAGCUAGCUAACAGGUCAAACUUCCAGUUGAACCCAGUAAGAGGUGUAUACUGAACCAGAAAUCGCCGUCUGUUCUGGACCACCUAAGGUGGCUACAUUCCCCUCCAACAUCUGGCUGUCUGGUACAGCUCAGCGAUGAAUAAUGGAACCUGGAGUUGUGUUUUGUUUUCCAGCAUGUGUGUUGUAUCAAAUGAUCAUAUGGGAGGAACGUUUGUGUCUCGCAAGCAAACCACUGCUGCCUUUAGUUUCAUGCACAAUUCAAGUUUUGCAGAUCCACAUCGGGUCGGCUGGAUGACUAAGGAUAAUAGAUAGUAGAUAAUAGAAGUGAAACGACUCAAGGAUUAAGGUAUUUUUCAUAGUGUGGCAAAGGCACCGCCACAAUCCAAGACACUAUUAUGCACAGAAAAAUGAUAGAAGUCAGCUUUAAAGUGGGGAUAUGUUGAGGUGUACUGGCCAAAACCAGCAGCAAUGGUGGGCAAAAUUUGAAGUGGUCAUGUCAUCGUCACAUUCCACCGAUGCACAGGAUUCAUGAGGUUUCUGUGGCAACAGUCUUGAACAAAGUGGUGCUUCAAAAUGCCUCACUUGGCCAUUUAAAAAAAAAAAAGGUUGAGUAUUCCCAACUUCUAGUUACUGUUCAGUCCUGACGGGUCGGGGAGGUUUCAUGAGACACUAUUGAAGAAUCCAUGGUCUCAUGAAGGUGUCCUGAUUUUCAGAGGCCACCAGAUGGCGCUGUCCACUUCUAGCGCCAUCUAGUGGCCUUUCAAAAUUAGGACACCAUUUCAUGAUGCCUUAUCUACCCAUCACUACUGUACUGGCAAACUAAAAGGUGAUGCUGAACUGAGGAAAUGAACUGCUUCUAACGCCAAGUGAAACGGCACAAGGAACAUGGUAAACGCCGUCACCCAUCUGCCUUAACGCGAGCAGGUUUGUGACUUAGAAAUGAAAAGGUACAUGUUGGAGAGCUCAAGCUCACUUCCAAAACUCAGACUUAAAUUCAACGUCAAGGUCAUUCCUCUUCAAAACUGCCAUCCAAGUCCACUGCAGGUCAGGAGCCGUUCCUGACUCUCAGCACUGAUGCUGCUCUCCCAACGCCACACGUAUUGAACUAUCUAUAGAAAAUGUAUAUGCAUUCAUGUUUUGUCAAGAGGAAGUGUUUCCCAGUGACCGGAGCUGCGUAAAUAAAGGUUCAACUGUUUGACUGAAACUGGCCGUUGAAGUUUCUAUCAGGUAUAUGUGGAGAUGUGGAACUCUUGGACAGUGUUUUUAUUGGAAGGCGGAGGAAACAUUCAAAAUCAUUUGGGCGCAAAUGAGAAGCAACGUUCCAUCCAUUUACAUGUAUUUACAGAUGCACUGGCACUUGGAUGUCGAGGGAGCAAACGCGGCGGGUGGAACCGGAGAAGAGGGAGCGCACGGAUCAGACAGCUAGACAUCGACUCGACAUGCCUGGGAAUGUUGGUGUCCUGGUGUAGCUGCACAAAACUGAUGAAGCGUCGACGCGGCAAUGUCCAGAUAAAAACAAAAAGGGGGCGGGGCCUGAAAUGGAAGCGUUAAGUGCAUCUGCUCAGCG